AUGGAGAGAAGCGUCAGCAAACGCAGCAAUACUCAAAGUGACGACUUCGAAGUAAAACAAACGGCUAAGAAGAAGGUGAUUGUGGAAGAGGCAUUCAAGACGACGCCGGUGCCUCCAUGGACGAAGCAGAUAACUGUGAGGGCAAUGAUCACCAGCUUUCUCUUGAGCAUUGUCUUCAACUUCAUCGUCUGCAAGUUGAACCUCACCACUGGUGUCAUCCCCUCCCUCAACGUCGCCGCCGGCCUGAUGGGUUUCGCCGUCGUCAAAGGCUACACCGCCAUGAUUGAAAAAUGUGGCCUCCUGAAGCAGCCCUUCACUCGCCAAGAAAAUACCGUCAUCCAAACUUGCGUCGUCGCCUCUUCCGGGAUCGCCUUUAGCAGUGGUACUGCAAGUUAUAUACUGGGGAUGAGUCCAAAAAUUGCUGCUCAAGGAGAUGAAGGCAACACCCCAAUCAACAUCAAGCAUCUUGAUGUGGGAUGGAUGAUUGGAUUUCUCUUUGCCGUCAGCUUCGUCGGCUUGUUUUCCAUUAUGGCUCUAAGAAAGAUGAUGAUCAUAAAGUACAAGUUAACGUACCCAAGUGGAACCGCAACUGCAUACCUCAUCAACAGCUUUCACACACCCAAAGGAGCCAAGCUAGCCAAGAAACAAGUUUCUGUUCUCUUCAAAAGCUUCUGCUUUAGCUUUGUAUUUGCCUUUUUCCAGUGGUUUUUCGCUACUGCCGAUGGCUGUGGAUUUUCCAGCUUCCCAACAUUUGGUCUCAAAGCCUUUGCACACAAGUUUUACUUUGAUUUCUCAUCGACAUAUGUUGGUGUUGGAAUGAUUUGCCCUUUCAUGGUAAAUAUAUCUUUGCUUGUUGGAUCCAUUAUUUCAUGGGGAAUCAUGUGGCCCUUGAUUGAGCAAAAGAAAGGUAUCUGGUACAGCGCUAAUCUAUCUGCCAGCAGUCUCCAUGGCAUCCAAGGAUACAGGGUUUUUAUUGCUAUAGCCAUGAUGCUUGGUGAUGGUUUAUUCCAUGUAGUCUACAUGCUAUGCCUGACCACGAAAAGUCUUGCAACACACAAAUCAGAAAAGAAACUAGACUCAUAUUCAUCACCAUCUACAAAUCCUGAUGGUCUUGAAGCAGGGUCUUCAGAAGUUGUGUCUGCAAACUAUGAUGAAGAACGACGAAUGGAGUACUUCUUGAAAGACCAAAUUCCCAACUGGGUUGCGUUGGUUGGUUAUGUUGCCCUUGCAGCCAUAUCCAUCAUUGCAGUGCCCUUCAUCUUCCCCCAACUGAAAUGGUACCAUGUGCUGGUUGCUUAUCUGAUUGCCCCAGUCUUGGCCUUCUGCAAUGCCUAUGGCUGUGGCCUCAGCGAUUGGUCCCUUGCCUCCAACUAUGGCAAAUUCGCCAUCAUAAUCUUCAGUGCUUGGGUUGGCCUUGACCGUGGCGGUGUUAUUGCCGGGCUUGCUGCCUGUGGUGUGAUGAUGAGCAUUGUCUCUACUGCUUCUGAUCUCAUGCAAGACUUUAAGACAGGAUAUCUCACACUCUCAUCUCCUCGAUCUAUGUUCGUCAGCCAAGUGUUUGGGACAGCCAUGGGUUGUGUCAUGUCUCCUUUGGUGUUCUGGUUUUUCUACAAAGCUUACCCGAUCGGAAAUCCAGACGGCGCAUAUCCUGCACCCUAUGGUUUGAUGUAUCGUGGAAUUGCGCUCCUUGGAGUUGAAGGUGUGAGUUCCCUUCCCAAAAACUGCGUCACCCUUGCGGUGUCGUUUUUUGCCGCAGCAAUUGCCAUAAACAUAAUCAGCGAGCUGUUGCAGCGUUAUGAAACCAAGUACAGGAUCUAUAGGUUUAUUCCGAGCCCCAUGUGCAUGGCCAUCCCAUUUUAUCUUGGUUCAUACUUCGCCAUAGACAUGUGCGUGGGGAGCUUGAUCCUGUUCCUGUGGCAGAGGAAGAACAAGCAAAAGGCCGACGACUUUGCACCUGCUGUCGCUUCUGGUCUCAUCUGCGGUGACUCCUUAUGGGGUGUUCCAGCUGCUAUCCUCGCAAUUGUGGGAGUCAAAGCUCCUAUUUGCAUGAAGUUCCUCUCUGCUUCUGUCAACAACAAAGUUGAUUCUCUUUUGAAAGGAUGA